AUGGCUUUUGUUCGGUGUUGGCAGAAAGAGCGGCUGUGUAGCAACCUCUCACUCAGCCAGCUUCAUGGCGCACCUCAACGGGAAAAGCCGCGAAGAUUCGACACCGCUGUCCUGCAUACGCAUGUUCUCAGGAUCGUGGCACUCUUGAUUUUGGUGUUCUGGCAAUCUCGCUCUACUGUGUUCCUCGAUAAGAUUUGUAUCCACCAGACCGAUCAGGCUUUGAAGGCCGAGGGUAUCAUGAGCAUCGGCGGCUUCCUCACCAACUCCAAGAGCCUGCUGGUCAUGUGGGAUGCGACUUACGUGUGGAGACUCUGGUGCAUCUUCGAGUAUGCGGCGUUUGUGAAGAGUCAUCCGGACUGCCCAGACACAGCCCUGAAGAUUCGGCCGACCUUUCUUGGGCCCUGCACACUAGCCAUUGCCUUCGGGAGCCUGGUUGUAUCUUGCCAGCAUCAUUUACCAUGCUGGGUGGGGUUCAGUCUGAUCAAAAUUGCUCGCAUUUGUAUGGCAUAG